AUGACUGCCUUUGUCAUUGUCCUCUUCUCUGCCGCAGUCGGACAAGAUGCCAGCCAGUCAACCAACCCCCUCAAUAAAGCCACUGCCUGUCGAGAAGAAGACGGGCAAGAUUUCGAGUGCAUUUGCGGCAUGUGUGAGGUCGAGAUCAAAGAAGGAGAAUUCACCGGGCAGGAGUAUCAACGAAAGAGCGACAGAGACGCCAUGCUUGACGGACAACUGGACGAAAAGCUCGAGGAGGUCGAGGUGCUCCGCAAGAAGCUUCGUGAGACCCAGUGA